AUCUUCCUGGGGAGGAUGGGAUUAUCUUAUGCACAGCUGUAUUGCAGAGUAUAAGGCAAUGUCCAUGUGGGAUUUAUGAUGAGACAAAGCAUUGGGAACAUGGAAUUUAAAGCUGGACAGACCUAGUUUGGAACCUUGGCUUCACUACCAGUCACCUGUGGGUCUGAUAAGUAGUGCUACUGUGAACCUCCAUUUCCUCGUGUGUGAACUGGAGCUGAUGAUUCCUUCCUGCACAAGAUGAUUGCUUGAUGUGCACUGGCCUUUGAGUUGCAAAGAGGAGAUUCACUGUGCCCCUGAAAUAAAGGGGUGCUCACUCGUGGAAACAUGAACUGACAGAGGCUGGUGAUCACUCCCAGGCCUGAUGAUGAAGUUGAACCUGCCAUGCCAGCCCCUAUCCUGCCUCUUCGUGCUGCUUCUCUGUCCUCUGGCCACUCUGACAUCAACAACCCCGUGGCUGUGUCCACCUGGAGAAGAGCCUAACCUAGACCCAGGUCAGGCCACAUUAUGCAGGUCCUGCCCCCCAGGCACCUUCUCAGCCUCAUGGGGUUCCCGCCCAUGCCAGCCCCAUGAUCGCUGCAGCCUCCGGAGGAGGCUGGAAGCUCAGGCCGGCACAGCAACUCAAGAUACACUAUGUGGAAGCUGUCAGCCUGGGUGGUUUGGGCCUUGGGGGGUCCCCAGUGUUCCAUGUCAGCCAUGUUCCUGGGCACCUCUGAGUACUCAUGGUUGUGAUGAAUGGGGGCGACGGGCCCGACGUGGCGUUGAGGUGGCAGCAGGGUCCAGCAGUGACGGGGAGACGCGGCAGCCUGGGAAUAGCACACGGGCAGGUGGUCCCGAGGAGACAGCUGCUCAGUACGCAGUGAUUGCUAUCGUGCCCGUCUUCUGCCUCAUGGGACUGCUGGGCAUCCUGGUGUGCAACCUGCUGAAGCGCAAGGGCUACCACUGCACAGCCCACAAGGAGGUCGGGCCUGGCCCUGGAGGAAGUGGCAGUGGUAUCAACCCCGCCUAUCAGAAUGAGGAAGCCAAUGAAGACACCAUUGGGGUCCUGGUACGCUUGAUCACAGAGAAAAAAGAGAACGCGGCGGCCCUGGAGGAGCUGCUGAAAGAAUACCACAGCAAACAGCUGGUGCAGACAAGCCACAUGCCUGUGCCCAGGCUGCCGCCAGCCUCCCCCAGCAUACCGCACAUCUGCCCGCAUCGCCACCACCUCCACACUGUGCAGGGUCUGGCCUCGCUCUCUGGCCCCUGCUGUUCCCGUUGUAGCCAGAAGAAGUGGCCUGAGGUGCUGCUGUCCCCCGAAGCUGCAGCUGCUACCACUCCUGCUCCCAGCCUCCUGCCUAACCCAGCCAGAGCUCCCAAGGCUGGGGCUAAAGCAGGACGCCAGGGCGAGAUCACGAUCUUGUCAGUGGGCAGGUUCCGUGUGGCUCGGAUUCCUGAGCAGCGGGCCAGUUCAGUAAUAUCUGAGGUGAAGACCAUCACAGAAGCUGGACCUUCAGGGGGUGAUCUCCCUGACUCCCCACAACCUGGCCUCUUUCCUGAGCAGCGGACACUUCUGGGAUAUGGCGGAAGCCAUACAACGUGGUUGAAGCCCCCUGUGGAGAACAAGGCUGAGGAGAAUCGCUAUGUGGUCCGGCUAAGUGAGAGCAACCUGGUCAUCUGAGGGCUGUCUGGUCUGAGCCACUUGGCCUGGCCCUGGGAGGUUCUGAAGGCUUCCUUUACAAGGCAAAAACUGCUGCGGGACUUGAGGACCAAGGUGGAAGAGCCCAGCAGACAAAACGGCGAAAGCCAUGGACUGGAGGUGGGACUGUUCAUCCGGCGACGAGGUGGGCAGCCAGAGGGCACCACACCGAGUGCAAGAGCAGAUGGAGAUCCCCGCCCUGUCCCUGCCACCCCAGAUCCUUCCCUGCAGGAUACCCCAGGCUUGUGCCUGCCCUGGCCAUGUUAUAGGAGCCGUAGGGGUCUGGGCUUGGUGGAGCUAUGGCACCUGUCCCUGGUGUCCAGACUUUGGGGACCUGCUUGUCCAGGGCCCCAGAGCAGAUGUGCCUCCCCUUCCUCUUCUGGCGGGGCCUGCAAAGGUAAGGGACAGAAAAGAGCCUGGAGCCGGAGGCUUGACUCCGAGAUUUGAGCCCAGUACAUGUUCUCGGCUUUCACUGGGUUCCAGCCUUUCUGACUGAAAUGGAGAGGGAACAGCAGCUCAUGCCUGGGUCCUCUCCAGUGCCCUGUAGGUUCUGGGCUGGGUCCUGCCAGGAAGAGCUUGACUCUGCUACCCCUCCCAUUAGUAGCUUUAUCUGGCCCAUUUUGUGCUGCUUGCAGGGCCUUUGCCUUCAAGGCCCCCCGUGGGGCUGUUCAUCCAGGCUCCACCCACAGAAGGGGCUUAAAUGCAUGUGCCUGCCCCCACUCUGCUAUCUUUAAUGGAACUGAAAACUCCUCAGCAGGGCUGUGGUGCGGAGGCCUAGCCAGCCCGGUCACCCUCAAGGUCUCUGGAGGCUUUGGGGAAAGAAACACUGGUGGGGCCUCAGUGGUUUGUGUUGUCCCUGUGGCAUUGUGUCUGUCCCCAGCCCUGGGCAGCCCAGGCCACUGCCUGUCCUGCUCCAGCUGUCUCCACUCUGGCUUAGCACCUGGUUAUUUAUGUGAGGCCGUGCAGGCACGGGCCCACUGCCCAUCCUGUUUAUCUUAUUUAUUAAAACCUGCUGUCAUCCUCUCCCUGCAUCUCCAUCCCAUCCACUUGUUGAGUAAUAAAAGGUGGAAAUGGUGUCAUGAGGAGGUUCCUUUUCCCCCUCCCGUGCCUUCCCCAGCUCAGCUGCUGAAGCCUCACUCUGUGUCUACCUAUCCUGUUGCUGAUAGAGCCUUUCUUUCACCAUGCCUGGGCAACAGGUGGAGGCGUCCUUCAUGUCAUCCACUUGUCACUGAGCUCCCCAGAGGGCAGGCUGCCCAGUGUGAGCCACGUUCAUGUUUUAAAGUUGUCUAAUAUUCACAUUCUCAAAAGAGAAACAAGUGAACUUAGUUUGAAUAAUAUUAAUAUUUUUAACUCCGAUAUUUUCAUUGCAAUAUAAAAUCAAUAUAAAAAU